GGCACCGCCCGGGUUGCUGCGUGCUGCCGAGAGGAGCGGCGGUGCCGUCGGAGCGUGACGCUGCAUUCUGGGUGCUGCCCGGGGGCUGUUUGUAGGUGCGCGUUACGAACGGGGCGCUGGAAGGAGCGGUUUGUAGCGCUUGUUUGAGGGCUCAGCGAGCUGACUUUGUUUUUUUUCAGCCCCGCCUUCCUAAGGGCUCUUUUGUUGCUUGCUGAUAAAAUCGGUGACAAAGUAGGAAUUGGAGACGUUUUUCCCUUCCUGGAGUUGCGCUGUGGCUCUCAGCCUGCGUCUGGCCGCGGCUCCCCUUUCCUCGCUGUGUUUGGAUCGCUGAUAUCCCCGUCCUGCUCCAAACCAAAAGCGGUUUUGCCUGACCUGCAGCUUGUCUGGCAGCACAACCUUGAGCCUUCCACCCUGAGCCCACAGCUGUGGAGUUUGGGGGAGGUUUGGGUCUGAUGAAAGGGGCAAAGGCUGAAAAGAACACUGCAAACUGCUGCCUGUUCUGCUCAGGGUCCUCAGGGUGAGACCUCACUCUGUGCACCCAUCCCACCACCAUGUGUGUGCACAGGGGGCACAGACAUACAGUUGUGCUGUAGUCCUCUUGCCUGCAGCCUAAUCAGCAAGCUUGAAGCAGGCCUGUGUUGGGACAGGAGAGGUUACCUGCUGUAGGACAUGGUGGUGUUUGCUGACUGAUGUUACUCUUCCACUGCUGAAUCAGUGCUGAGCUGACGGCGUCUCCUCUUUCUGUAGAAAUUCCAGCUUCGAACAGGCUGUGAAAGCAAAGUUGUUUUGGGGGCAUGAUGGAGCUUUUGGCAUUUUACCACAGAGUAGGAGAGUGUCCUGGCCAAAUUCCAACCUGGGUAAUUACAUUCUGCUGACUGAAAACGAGCAGCGGCGAUUGCUGCCUUUCACUGCCGGGCAAAGCACACAUAGGCUUGAAUUUGUGAAGCAAAGUAGGGUGAAGCAGAAUGACUUGGGCUUACAGAAACAUCACUGUAACUCUCAUAGCUCGUUCCUGAAGGCCUUGUGAGGUUUGUUUGGCUGCUGUUGCAUUCCUGCUGAUGCCAGUGCUGGGGCACUGCUUGGAAUGGCUGUAAGGCAUUGCAGGAUGGCAGCGGUGCUCUUUGCGUCACACCUCCACAUUCCCACACAUCAAGCAGGGGAACAAACAGAACAGGAGAAAAAAGAAGUAUUGAAAGAACGUUCCAGUCCUAAAUUGCUGUGACAGUGCUGCUGGGGCUGACCUGUGGUUGGUGUUUUGUUUUCAGAAAGGCUGAGUGGUCCUUUGGUUCCAAAAGGUAGAGAACCACAAGUGUACAGUGUAGAAGGCAACGUGGAAGUGUGUUUCCUGUUCUGUCUGUAUAACAAUAUUUUUCUCUCCCUGACCUUCCCUGCUUUAUUUUGUACCCAGAUGUUCUUGCCUCUGUCUGAAACAUGCCUUGUAACUUCACACGCUUUUGGAAGAUCACUGUGUUUCGCUGGGAUAGGAAUAUUGCAUCUGCUUCAUAGCAGGAAGAUGUUACAUGGUUCAAAGAGAGAAUCAUUUUCCCAGACCUCCGCUUGCUAAUGGCUCAGCUUGAUCUAAGCGGUGUACAGACAAACUGGCUGAUAAACCAAAACCCUUUUGGGAAGAGCCACCUCCAUGUCCCAAAUUCAACUCCUGCUGAUGUUGUCGGCUCUUGGUAAGCACCUUGAGUCUGAACCACACGACGUGACUGGAGCCACUCAUGAGAAGAUGGUGUGAGUGCAGACCACGCUGCCGUGCCCAUAAGGGAUGAGAGGAAGGACCUGCACAAUGACAGCUCCGCGAGUUCCCAGCGUGAGAGUCCAGCACCUGGAGUCUCAUGCUUUAUCUCCAGAUUGAUCUCCGUUCUCUUUAAGCUGUCACAAGUUUUGCUUUCGGGAUUUAGACCGCCGUUAACUGCAGAACUCCUGCCUCAAUCACAUCUUUAUUUUUCUUCCCUCCCCCCCCCAUCGUUUUACGCGAAGACUGUUAAUAGGACCGUUAGCGGAAUAAGCAAAGCCAAUACUCACAGGGUUUAACCUACGGCACCUUUAGCCCCAGAAUGCCUUACAAACGCCGCUCAGCACACGCCUCCCACAGCACAGCCCGCCCAGAGACCUCCUUCCACCCGGCCACCACCUUCAUUUCCCAGAGCCACUUCUAGGGACGCUUCGGCGCGUCGCAUCUCCCACCGUAGGCCGGCCGCCCCCCGAGGUGCCUUUCAGCUCCCAGAGCUCUCCCCACGGAUGUCCUGGGAACGAAGGAGCUGACGCCACACGCCUGACGGAGCGCGGAGGAGUGACGGGGGAUGGCUGAAGGAGGGCAGGCCGGCGCUCCCCCCGUGCGGCUGUGGGUGCGACGCGUAGGUGUGUACUGCGAUGAGCACCGCAGGACGUGGCUCGUGGCUGCGGAAGAGGAGGAAGGUAUGCUGAGGGCUCGGAUCCAAAGAGUUCAGGUUCCCCUGGGUGAGGCGCUGCGACCCAGCCAGCUCCCCCCAUCCCGGCUGCCUCACAUGUGGCAGCUGUCCCAGGGUGAGCAGUACAGGGAUAGUAACUCUCGCGUUUGGGAGAUAGAGCACCAUCUCAUGCUCGGUGGUGUUGAAGAACUGCUGCUUAAACUCGUGCCUGGUGAUUAAUCUGGAGCAGUGGCUCUAGGAAGAUGUCCUUGUAUGUUUUGUACAAUAAAUGAUUCUCUCUCCACUGAAAUGCGGCCACCCCUGAGGUGGAAGCA